UAUCAGCAGCCCGGGCUGCGGCGUUUCGGGACCGUGGCUUUCUGCGAGGGCAGGCGGCAGCCCCGGGCUCUGCCGACACCAGCCCCUGAGCCGGAGCCUCCAGGAUUUUAGAUUCUCAAAACCCAGUGUGGUCUCCAGAUGGAACAAGGGGAACAGCUGUGGGUCCCAAAUCUCCACGGUGCUGAGGAAAGGAAGAGUCCAGGACGCUCAUGGGCAGGGAAUGACUCCUGUCUGGAUUCUGUCUCUGUCCCAGCAGGUGAUGGGACGGUGAGUGAGAGUGAGGAGGAGAACCCUGAGCAGGAAGGUCCUGAGCAAGUGGAACUGCAUGAGGCGGGACCAGGGAGAUCUGAUGGGGAUGUUUCCCUUGAGCUGGGUGAAGCCUGUGGGAGUCAGGGCAGGUCAGAGAAGGAGCAGGAAAGCCUCCCAGAAGAGAGACAGGAGAAUUCCAGCCACAUUUUGGGACAUUUGGGGAGACACAAUGACUCUACAAUCCACAGGGGACUCUGCCUCAGGCAGAAACCCAACACAUGUGAGGACUGUGGGAAAAGCUUCAGCCUGAGGUCAAAUCUGAUCACCCAUCAGAGACUGCACCUGGGGGAGAGACCCUACCAGUGUCCCGAGUGCGGGCGCUGCUUCAGCCAGAGCUCACAUCUCAUCACACACCAGCGUCUGCACACGGGAGAGCGGCCCUACCGGUGCCGGGACUGUGGGAAGAGCUUCAAUGUGAACUCGGACCUGAUUAAACACCAGCGAACGCACACGGGCGAGAGGCCCUACCCCUGCACCGAGUGUGGGCGGCGAUUCAGCAGCAGCUCCAACCUCACGAGGCACCAGCGGCUGCACACAGGCGAGAGACCCUAUCGGUGCGAGGCCUGUGGAGAAAGCUUCCGGGACUGCUCAUCCCUCACGAUCCAUCAGAGGGCGCACACAGGAGAGAGGCCCUAUGUCUGCCCCGACUGUGGGAAAGGCUUCACUGACAGCUCCCUCCUCAUCAAGCAUCAGAGGACGCACCAGACAGAGAAGUGCUUUAACUGCCCCGACUGCGGGAAAAGCUUCUCCACAAGCACAUACCUGGCCAGGCACCAGAGAACCCACUUGGCUGAGAAGCCCUAUCGGUGCGACGAGUGUGGCAGGGGAUACAGCCAGUUCGCUCACCUGACUACCCACCAGAGAGUGCACACGGGAGAGAGGCCCUACAUCUGCCCCGAAUGUGGGAAAAGCUUCACCACCAGCUCUGCCCUGACCAAGCACAAGAGAAUCCACACGGGAGAGAGACCCUACGUCUGCCCCGACUGUGGGAAAAGCUUCACUCAGAGCUCAAAUGUUAUCACCCAUUGGAGACUCCACACUGGAAAGAAGCAAAACUUCUGUGCUGAAUGCGGGAAGCACUUCUCCCGGCGCUCGCAUCUCAUCAUCCACCAGCGCAUCCACACAGGUGAGAAGCCCUACCAGUGCUCCGAGUGCGGGCGCUGCUUCAGCCAGAGCUCCACGCUGAUCAGCCACCAGCGCACCCACACGGGCGAGAAGCCCUACACCUGCCCCGACUGUGGGAGGAGCUUCAGCCAGAGCUCCACGCUGCUGACCCACCACCGGCUGCACACUGGGGAGACACCCUACAAGUGCCUGGACUGUGGGAGGAGCUUCAGCCAGAACUCCACCUUCAUCAUCCACCAGCGCACCCACACUGGCGAGAAGCCCUACACCUGCCCUGACUGCGGCAAGAGCUUCAGUGUCAGCUCCUAUCUCAUCACACACAACCGCAUCCACCGCGGCGAGCGCCCCUACAAGUGCCCUGCCUGUGGGAAGGGCUUCAUCGACAGCUCCACCUUCGUGCGGCACCAGCGUACCCACACGGCAGAGAAGCCCUACCGCUGUGCCGACUGCGGCAAGAGCUUCAGCCUCAGCUCCUACCUUGUGAAGCACCGCACCCUGCACACGGGUGAGCGGCCCUACAAGUGCACUGAGUGCGGGAAGCGCUUCAGCGAGAGCUCAGACCUGCUGCGGCACCAUCGAACCCACACGGGCGACAGGCCCUUCCAGUGUGCCCAGUGUGGGAAGAGCUUCGGGGAGAGCUCCACGCUCACCCGUCACCAGAGGACUCACCUGGGCAAGGAUGCACCCAUCUACUAGCCACAGUACUUGGCACAGCCCCAAGGCCACAGGGCAACAGCUGCCCCCUUCAGCUGAUUGACUGAGAGGAGGCAGAAAAGAAACCUCCAUGAGAUCUCAUUGCCUGGAGUCACCAGUUCUACUGAUAUUUGGUGUUUCUCUUAUAAACACCUCUAGCUCACAGAGUCCUGUAUUCAUUGCACAAGAAUCUCUACUUUCACUUAAAGAGGGGAAAAAAGAAAGAAAGAAAAAGUGAGUCCUAACCCUUAUGGUUGUGGAGAAAAUCCAGAAAAUAUGACUCUUGAAGGCUCACAAACCAGAAGUCAAAGGAAAAAAAGGAACCACAAAUGUAUUGUUGUUUCAAAUCUCCCGAGUUUUUGAGGGGGUGAGGGGCCUGACUCGUAAUUUUUAACUCUUUGGGUUGAUGCUGCAUUGCAGGGCCAGAGCUGUUUUCUAUGCCUUAACUAACUUUCUUGACUAGAACAAACAAGUUCUGACCAUUAUGUUUUCAAUUAGUGGACCGUAUUCACAAAAGUAACUACCGUAACAACGUUUUAAAUGGGAAUUUCUUGGGUUUUUUUAUUAUUUUAAGAAAAAUAGUAUGUAAAAACAUACUUUCCCAAGUUACUUGAAUCCUACAGGUUCAACUAGAAGAGUUUACAAACCCCACAGAUUGUGCUUGUAACUCUAAAGAUCCUGCAUUGCUAGGAGUGGGUUUUGUGUCAUGUUGGCAUUGGCUUGAAGGGGUUAAUAGAACCCCAGUAUUACUGUUACAGCAUUAAAUGCUUAAUUUUGGUUUGCUUAAAGUCAG